GCAUCAUCAUCAACCUAAAAAGCCAUCUUCGACGCCGGUUCCCGCCCUUAUUUCGUCAUUUGAUUUGCUUGGUUUUUCUUCCUUAGCCCGUUGCAUGACAAUCCCUUGACUGGAGUUGCGCACCAUGGCUGAUUGGAGGCAAGAAUACGUCGCGGGAAUUAGGGAAACAGAGAAACAACACCCGGUAGACCAGGAGCUUAUCGCAGCGUGCUCAGAGCUCCUUGACCGCGUCUCCGCUCUCGAAGCCGAAAAAGCAGCCCUCCAACCCCAGUCGCAAUCCCAACCCUCCGUGCCCCCCACAACAACCAAAGCCUCAAAACCACCAAUAUCCGACCCCUCUGACCCCGCCGGGGGGGAUACUCCCACCGUAGCCCGCCUCCGCCUCGAGGUAGCCGAAGCCCUGCGUUCGAAAGGCGAGUUCCAGCAGCGCCUCCAGGUAGCAGACGCGGAACUCGCUCGCCUCCGCACCAAGACAGCCGCCGACUCGAAGACGCUACGCAACCUCACGGCGGAGCGACGCACCCUCACCUUCAAGCUGCGAGACCGCGAGGAGGAACUCCGGGUCAAGAACAAGCUCGUGGCGGACGUGCAGGACGAGUUGGCGGUGCUCAACAUGCAGCUCGACAUGGUGGAAAAGAAGCGGGCCGAGAAGGAGGUCGAGAACAAACAGCUCGUCGAGAGGUUCAUGCAACGGGUAGGGCAGGAGGCCGAUGCCAUGAACCUGGCGAACGACCCGCUGUUCAACAAGAAGAGGUAGCAGGGCGAGCCGGCGGCUAUUUGGGAAGGUAUUCCAACCGCAAAAAACAAACGCGCUUCGCUGGGGGAGGGGGGUCGAUGGUGCUUAGUAUUCCGACAAGGAAGGUAUGUAUACUACAUUUAUUUAUCUAUGCGGUCCCUUCUUCAACC